GGCCGCUCAUCCGACACCCGGAGCCAAUCCAGUCGCGUCUCGUGCCUCAAGACCUCCACCGCUCAUCUAUGGGCCCUGUGCUAGGGUGUUACUCUGGCAGUAGCAAGCGACCGACCGGCCGGACAGUGCCGAGAGACGCUGCCGUGUGGCCGGCCUCGUCCUCGACUCAGACAAUGCCAGUAACUUCCCCCCCGAGCUUCCCGUCCACCGAUCAUCCUCCCCCGCCAAGGUCUCUGGACGACGUCUCUGGUCCUUCAGUUCCCUCGAACCCCGUGCGCCGCCUGGCAACGCUGCCCGUGUCAGGACACGCGACAGCUACCCCUGGCGAAGCGGAGGCCUCUGUACCCGCCGCGCUGCUUCCCGCCGACCCCCUGACGCCCGCAGGCUUGGGCGCUGGAGACAUCGAGAUGGACUCGGUGACGCCCUCGGGCCACCGGCGCCGCCGAAGCAGCCUCAUAAAUCCCGCCAAUGCUUCCAACAAUCGACACCGGUCGCCGCGAGAGCGGUCGCAGUCGAUACGGGGUCCCGCCGCUGGGGAGGACGACAAGAUUGUCGAGGAGGGCACUGAUGCCGAGUCUAUACGACCUGGCGACAUAGAAGAGGACGGCGUGCCCGACGAGGACCUCCACGACGACGAAGAAACGGGCUUGACUGGCAAAGACAAGCGGAGGAAGAGGCGGAAGCGGAGGCGAAACCAGCUCCUCGACCAGCGGAUCGUCAGCGACGAUAUCUCCCCGGAAGAGAAGAAGGAGGCGGAUCGCAAUGUGGUCAAGAGCUUGAUGGUCAACGGCGUGCUGAUCGGGCUCUGGUACUUCUUCUCGUUGUCGCUUUCUCUGUACAACAAAUGGAUGUUCUCACCCGACAACCUGGACUUUCCCUUCCCUAUGUUUACCACUGCCGUGCACUUCCUCGUGCAAUUUUCGUUAGCAUCAGUAGUGUUAUUUCUCUUUCCCUCCCUGCGGCCGCAGCGGACCGCCCACCGAUCCGACCUGGGUCAAUCGAGGCAUGAGCCGGAGCCUGAACGGCCCGUCAUGACCAAGAUGUUCUACCUCACCAGGAUCGGGCCCUGCGGCGUGGCCACCGGCCUGGACAUCGGCUUAGGCAACGCCUCCCUCCAGUUCAUCACUCUCACUUUCUACACAAUGUGUAAAUCCUCCUCCCUCGCCUUCGUGCUGCUCUUCGCCUUCCUCUUCCGCCUCGAGGCCCCCACCUGGAAGCUCGUGGCCAUCAUCGCCGCCAUGACGCUCGGCGUAAUCAUGAUGGUAGCGGGCGAAGUCGAGUUCAAGCUCGGCGGCUUCGUCCUCGUCAUCUCGGCGGCCUUCUUCUCCGGCUUCCGCUGGGGCCUGACGCAGAUCCUGCUGCUGCGCAACCCGGCCACGUCGAACCCGUUCUCCAGCAUCUUCUUCCUCGCCCCGGUCAUGUUCGCGACGCUCCUCGGCAUCGCCAUCCCCGUCGAGGGCGCCGCCGCGCUGGUCGCCCGCCUGGAGGGCAUCGCGCGCGACAAGGGCGUCCUCGUCGCCCCGCUGCUCGUCCUCUUCCCCGGCAUGCUCGCCUUCCUGAUGACCGCCUCCGAGUUCGCCCUGCUGCAGCGCACCUCGGUCGUGACGCUGUCCAUCGCCGGCAUCUUCAAGGAGGCCGUCACCAUCUCCGCCGCCGCCCUCGUCUUCGGCGACACCAUGACCCCCGUCAACGUCGUCGGCCUCGUCGUCACCCUGCUGGCCAUCGCCGCCUACAACUACAUCAAGAUCGGCAAGAUGCGCGCCGAGGCCCGGACCGACGUGCACCGCGGCCAUCUGGCCGCCGCCGAGGCGCGGUUGGGCCGCGUCAGCGGCAGUGGCAAUGGGAGUGGGAGCGGGACCGACAGGGAUGAGGACCAGGGAGAGGACGUUGGGCUGUUGCGACGGAGCGUAGACAACGAUGAGAUUCUGUUCACGGCCGACGGCGGGGACGUCGUUGCCGGGCCUGGGCCGGAUGUCGGGGCGGGGAGAUUAGAUGGGCAGAUUCCGAGAGAUGGGAGAAUCGACUGAGAAGCGGUUGCAUUUUUCCUUGUCGUGCUCUUUUUCUUUAGUCUCUCGUUUUAUUGUCCUUUCCGAAGUGGCAUACAAUCAUAGAUGAUACCCCAUUCUGCCUGCAUAUUGCUGCUGGCCUUCUGUUUUUGUUGUCCAUUGCUGAACAUCCGGGAGUGCGCCAGGGAUUGUUCAUUACAUGGACCUGUUUGCACUUGGGGCUCAUCACGCACACAUGGACCGGACAUC